CUAACUCUUUAAUUUCGCGAGUGAACUUACUCCGCCUCAGACAAUCACUCAUCAAAUAUCCGUUCAAAUCACGUUUUUUUUUGCUCUCGUUAAAUGAUUGUGUCAAGCCCUGUGCAAUCAUCGGAGAACACAAAAUGGAAAAAUAUUCUCAAUCAUAACGAACGGCUUUUUGAAUUGAUUUUUCCUCGCUACACUCAACGACUCAACUGGACUUUAUUCAUACUCCUUUAAACCGAAAAACCUCGGAAUUCGAGGAAAAUCUUGACGAUUUUUGCAACAAAUGAUGAGGAAAAUCGAAGAGAGGAUGUUUUAUCUGAUUGUGAUGCUGGUGAUGCCCGGCACAUUAGUGAGAAGUAACUCAGCCACUGAUUUAACCUCUCCUGUUGACGAUCAAUACCCGUGGAGUGCGCUGGCUCAGCGUAAAGGACCAACGGUUCAGGACACUCUCGAGUUGAAAUGGACGGCAACAGAUCGAAGUGAAAAAAGACCAAUCGAUAAAUUUCUACAGUCACCUUGGAAGAAGUCGCCGGAGUUGCAAGCUGAGCAUUACUCGAAAUCACCAUCUGGUCAGCGAAUCGAAGACCAAGGUCCCGGUUCAAUCGAGAUCUAUCGAUUAACCAAUCUCGACGACACCGACUUGAGCUCACUCCCCCUGCCCCCCUGGAACAAUCCACUGCUCCAUAAAAAACUAAUGAAAAAUAAAUCCCCAAAGGUGAUUCACCAAGAAUAUAAGAAGCCCCAUAAACCAGGAAUAAAAAAAAAGCUCUCACCCCAACGCGAGACACAAACGACUCAUAAGGAGCGGAAAGACAACGAUUCAGUGGGUGUGCCGGAACUUCAAAUUGGGUGUGAGGGCCUUGAGGCGCCGAUAGAGCCAUCCAGCCGUGAGCCAAGAUCAAUUUCAGUGAAAAACGAGUCGAGCCAAGAGUACGCUCCCGGUGAAUCCUUAGUGCCACCUGUUCUCCCAGUUCAUCCAGUGACUAUAGACUGGGAUUACAAUGAGGAUGAUCAGCCGCGUCACUACGAGGACAUGGAUGAACUACUGAAGUUGAAGAAUCUCGAGAUGAUUUUAAAUAAGAAAAUUAAACACCGCGGUGACAUGAGACCUGAGCAAGACUCAGACGUUGAAUUUGAUUCGAAAAAAGUGCCACUCCGUGGUGACCUGGUUGGUGGUCGUAAGGUAAGGUCAAUAUUGGACAAGCCAGUGAGUUCUAAAGCCUCUUGGAGUAACAGCGAGGGUCCCUGGGGUUUUGGUGAAAACGAUGGUUAUAUUUCCGAGGAUGAAGAUGAAUCUGACAGUGGGCGAGUGCAAACAGAGGCUGACAGAAGACGACAGGAGUAUCAAAGAGCUCAGCGCGAGGAGAUGGAGAGAAGAAGAAGAGAGCAAUUGGAGAGGCGAAGGAAUCAAGAAAAUUGGAGAAACGAUAACCAGAUAAAUUCGGAGAUUGAGAGGAUUCAGAAGGAGUACGAGAUGAGGUUAUCGGCGGAGCAGAGGGAUCAGGAGAGAAAAUUAAAGGAGUACAUUGAGAGAAAUCGUCCAAUUAUUGUUGAUAAUCGGGAGGACAGGGAGCGGAGGCUUCUCGAGGAAUUUAGGAGAAGAUCGGAGGCGAAUGGGUACAACGAUCCGCGUGGAAGACCACAGGAUCGCUCGAGGGGGCCAUCGCCACCGGUUACGUAUCCGAGUUCAUCGCGAGUUGAUGAUAUGGCGAGGAGGCGGGAGGAUGAGGCACGCAGACGACAGGAGGAGUUUAGGAGGGCCGAGGAGAGGAGACGGUUGUUGGAGGAGCGACAACAAGAAUACAACCGAACUAGUGGUAAUCCACGUGAGGUGGAGGAGCAGAGGAGGAGAACUGAGGAGAGACGGAGGGCCGACGAACGCAGACGGGAAUUAGAGAGGAGAAAAGAGGUACAGGACCGGAGCAAUAAUAAUCCAUACAGAAGAGUCGAGGAGGAGAGGCAGAGGGAAGAGGAGAGGAGGCGCGAGGAGGAGUAUCGGAGGAGCCAGUCACGUCUGCGGGAGGAGGAGAGACGUCAUCGUAUUAUGGAACAGAAGCAGAAGACUCCGGGUGUGAUGAGCCUGGACGAGGCGGAACGAAAGAGGUGGGACGAGGCGAGACUAAAUUCACUUCCUGUCAGGGCGAGAAUCAUACUUGUACCGAAAUCCUCAGGCAGGUCGUCCACCUCGUCGCCACUCUUCCCUUCCCGAGGGAGUUUCGAUGAUGAUGAGGUUGAAUUAGCGGGGAUAAAUCCAAACCGCCCUGGUUUGAAUGCCGGCAGAUUUCCAGCGGCACAGACACCAAGACCACCGAGGACUUCACCAAGUCCAUGUGUCUGGGCUGUGGUGCAGUGCUGUCCCAACGGUGAUCAACGAAGAUUGCAUAGUUGUUUUGAGUAUUUAGGAUGCCCUGGGGUUAAUUGGGAUCCCAACCCGUGUGCAAGUGCUCUCUCUGACGCCGCAAGGGCUCAAGUUGCUCAGUUCUACGCGAGUGCUGAUCAACCGUGGUGAUCAACAGCUUGAGGAAAUCCAUUUCUCUUCCCUCUUCCCCUGUCCCCAUCUGAUAUUGUCCUUUUUAUGUAUGUCUUUUUAUCGCUUAGUAUAUAGGUAUGCAAAAAAUUGACGAAUAAAUGAUGAAUAACAUAAUGAG